AUGGAACCCCUCUCCCCAGCCGACUAUCAAAUCUACAAUCGCCUCGCUUCGCAAAUGGAGCAUACCCACAACGACUUCCGCACAACCUGGAACGACCUCAAAGCCGCUUGCGCCCCAUCUCCCCCUCCAUCCCCAUCCCCUCCACCACCAUCAACACCAGCAGAAAACAACGUAGAAGAAGACGACACCUCCGACUACGACCUCAUCCUCACCGGCCUCUCCUUCUGCUCCGGCCUCUCAAACCACCACGCCAUCGAAGAGCGCCACAUCUUCCCGCAGCUCGCUACCCGCAUGCCCGAGUUCGCGCCCGGCGGCGAACUCACGGCCCAGCACGAGAUUAUCCACGACGGCCUUGUGCGGCUGCGCUCUUAUCUUCGGGGUUGCGAGCGCUGGCUUGAGGGGGAGGGGCAGGGGUAUGGGUGGGGUCUUGAUAGGGGAGUUUUGAGGGGGUUUUUGGAGGGGAAGGAGGGGGAGUUUGAGAGGGUGCUUUGGCGGCAUUUGGAUCGCGAGGUGGAGUUGUUGAGGCCCGAGAGUUUGAGGAGGUGUUUUGGGGUUGAGGAGGUUAGGAGGUUUGUUUUGUAG